AUGGUGAUCACAAGGACAAAAGGUCAGAUAUUUGGCUACAUUAAAGACAGCAUAAAGGCCAGGCUCAACAGCUGGAAGAACAAGCUUCUAAGUGCAGCAGGAAAAGAGGUGAUGCUAAAAACAGUGACAAUGGCUAUGCCAAUUUAUGCAAUGUCUUGUUUCAAGUUACCAGCUACACUUUGCAAGGAAAUCACAGGACUGAUUGCCAAAUACUGGUGGGGUGAAGCAGAAGGGAGAAACAAAAUACACUGGUGCUCCUGGGAUAAGAUGAUGAAGGCAAAAAUGGAUGGAGGUUUGGGGUUCAGGAAUUUAAUAUGCUUCAACAAGACGCUACUGGGAAAGCAGAUUUGGAGGAUGCUCAGAUUUCCAAAUCUGCUGGUUAGUAAAAUUCUAAAAGCUAAGUACUUUCCUAAGGAUUCCAUUUUGAACUGUAAAAUCCCCAAAAACUCUUCCUGGUUUUGGCAAAGUAUAAUGUCAGCUAGGGAGGUAGUUAAGGGGGGUGUACUGAAGAGAGUCGAAUCAGGAAAGAGUAUUAGAAUCUGGAAAGACCAAUGGAUCCCAAACAAUCUGAAUGGAAGACCAACUACAAUGGGGCCAGAUAGGGGGGAGGAGCAGAAAGUGGAGGAACUAAUCUCACACUUCAGAUGGAAUAGGAAUGAAGUCUACAGGAGGUUCAACAGGGAGGAUGCGGAUAAUAUUUUGAAAAUUCCAAUCAGUUUGUCAAGCUCAGGGGACAAGCACUUUUGGAUACAUAGCAGACAUGGGGAAUAUUCAGUUAAAUCUUGCUACCAGACUUUACUCAAGGAAGAGAAGAGGAAAGAAAGUGAUGCGAGAGGAGAGUCUGGUUCAAGCUAUGAUGAUUCCAACACACAAAUUUGGAAAACUCUUUGGGAGCUGAACAUUAAGCAUAAGAUCAAGCUAUUCAUUUGGAGAUGUAUUACGAAUACAUUGACAGCUAGGGAAUCAAUAUUCAGGCGAACAAGGCAAGGAUCGCCAUUUUGCUCAAGAUGUGGGGAUGGCAUAGAAACAGUAGAACAUAUUCUUUUCCACUGUCAACAGGCUCAGAAGGUUUGGAAGCUUGCACCAGUACAAUGGGAUGGCUUACAGAACCAAACAGGAUGCUUCAAGCAAUGGUGGACAGAAUUAGUCCAAGCCAGAAGUAGGAACGGAGGAAGGCAGCAUAUUGCAUUAACAGCUAAUAUACUUUGGCAACUAUGGAAGGACAGAAAUGAAAUGGAAUUUGAAGGGAAAGAGAGAGAUGGAUGGAAAAUUGUACAUAAAGCUAGUACAGAAUGGAUGGAGUAUGAGGAAGCCGGGAAAGGGAAAAAAGAGAGGAGUACAUCAGAAACAGAGGAAGCAAGAGAAAGAGCAAGGGAGGAAGGAAGAGAGGAGGAAGACCUGAUGGAACUUCAAAUUGCUACCAAGAAAUCAGCUGAGGGCAAGAAACUGGGAAUUGGUGUUGUAGCCAGGCAGACUGGAGGGAGAAUCAGAGCUGAAUGGAAAUUAGUUGAAAGAAGUUCGGAAAAGGAUAUUCAAGAUGAAGCCGAAGCAGUAAGACUGGCAAUGUUGAAAGCAAGACAAUUGAGCUGGCAGAGAAUCAAAAUCAUCAAUGCUAACAAACAGCUUAUCGCUUUACUUAAAUCUGGGAAAGGAGACAAUCCAAAUACUGCUACAUUGGUUGAAGACAUACAAGCUUUAGCUAAUCUGUUUCAAAUGUGCUCUUUUGAAGAAAGGACUAGUAGUAAUAUGACUCUAUGUAAUCACAUUAGUCUUUAUGCUUUAAGCAUAUUUAGGGAUGAUGAGAGAUUUUUUGGCUCUCCUUAA